AGUUAUAUAGGGCCUAUUGAAAGAGAAUCGACUUGAGGGGAGUUUCUUAUUAUUGUUUGUAAGAUGGAUGAAAAGAUUGAUAGUGGUGGUGGUGGUGCUAGCAAACCAAGGUCUUCUUUUGUCUUACCUCAAGACAAAGGAAGCAAGAACAAGAGAAAAUUAGAUGAUCUUUUUCUAGAGAAUCCAAUACAUGUUCCCUUGUCUAAUACUGAAUUUUCUCUUUAUGAAUUACCUCUAGAGAUAUCCAGAGGACCUAAACUUGGACCAUUGGAGGCAAAAUCCUCCAAGGUGCCCUUCAGAGAAGAUUUUGAACGAUCUGAUUGGGAUGAUCCAAUUGCAUGUCAACUUGAGGAACUGUUGUUAUCUAAUUUGCAGACAAAUUUCUAAACUGCAAUUAAAAGGAUUAUAGAGUGUGGAUAUAAGGAAGAUAUUGUUGAAAAGGUUGUUUCAAGGCAUGGCCUUUACCAAGGGGGUAAUGAUCUUGUGUCAAAUGUUGUGAAUGAUGCUCUAGCUUCCUUGAAGAAAAGAGAAGUAGGUGAUAUUUCAGGUAAUGUGUUUGAAGAUUUGCAGCAACUAGUAGGGUAUACAAUGUUGGAGAUGAUUGGUGUGCUUAGAGAGGUUAAACUAUCUCUAUCUAUUGCAGAAGCAAUGUGGUGGUUGUUAAUGUGUGACUUGAACAUUUCAAUGGCAUGUGAAGUGGAAGGAGAUAUAUUUCACUAUUUUGGUUGUAAAGAAGUCUCAAGAGAACACUCUUUUGAUUCUACCCCCUAGUCGAUAUUAGAAACUCAACACCUUGAAACCAUUCUUCCAAGCCCCAAUGAGCCCAAUGUUUCAAAACCUUCAUUCCCCUGUUCCCAAAAUUAUUUACCCGAAACACUCAAAUUUAGGAGUUUUCCCAAUUCACCUAACCCCAAAAAUCCUCUCGCUUAUGAAGGAUUGACACUAGAGAAAAGGAGUUGGGUUUCUAUGGGUGCUUUUGGGGACUAUGGCCCGUUUACAUCUGUCUCUGAAGAAAAACCAGGGACUGGUCGAAAGGGGCAUUCCAAAAAGGAACUAGCUGCACUCCGACAAAAGUCAUUCAAUAUGGAAAAAUACAAGGCUUAUGGGAAAGGUGCUUUUAGAGCUGGGAAACUUGCUACCAUUGGUGGUUUUGUUGUCAAAAAGAGAAAGAAAUCUCCAUCUAAAUCACCAACUGUGAAUUUGAAAAAUGCUUCAUCAAAAAUAAAUGCAAAAGCAGGAGAUUUAGCUGAUGAAAGCCAUCAUGUUUUAACUAAUUCUUCACUCGGUUUAAUUGUGACAGAUAAGUCUCCAACAUUGCCUACUAAGAAAACUAAAUCUGCAGUACCUACAGCAAAUACUGAGCUUGCACCAUCAUCAUCUUUGGAAAGAAAACUUUUUCCAAAAUCUAAAAGCAUAACCUCUGUAUCUUCUAAGACACUUGAUCAUGAUGCAGAAAAGAAACUUACUUCAAAAGCUAAAGGCAGCACUUCAGUGUCUUCUAAGACACCUGAUUACUAUGCUAGAAUUCCAUAUGAUCAGUCUUUGGGAAAAUACAUCCCACAAGAUGAGAAAGACGAACUGAUUUUAAAGCUAGUACCAAGGGUACAGGACCUGCAGAAUGAGUUACAUAGUUGGACUCAGUGGACCAAUUAGAAAGUCAUGCAAGCUAUUCGUAGGCUUAGCAAAGACCAACCUGAACUUAAAGCGCUGAGGCAAGAGAAGGAAGAAGUAGAACAGAUCCAAAAAAAGAAGCAAACCAUGGAAGAGAACACCAUGAAGAGGCUGGCUGAAAUGGAGGGAGCCUUAAAUGAUGCAACUACUCAGGUUGAGGAUACUAACUCUACCGUCCAAAAGCUUGAGGUGGAGCAUUCUAUGCUGAAGAAGGAGAUGAAGGUUGUUAAACUUCAGGCGGUAGAGUCAGCUGCCAGUUGUCAAGAAGCAUUUGAGAGAGAACAGAAGGCACUUAAGGAUGUUCGAUCAUGGGAUGGGCAAAAGAGCUUGCUUCAAGAGGAGCUUGCAUUGGAGAAGCAAAUGGCUGCAGAGUUGAAAAAGAAAGUAGGUAAGGCUAAAAAUAUCUACAACCAAACUGAGAUGAGAUGGAAACAUGAGAGGUUGGCAAAGGAGAAUUUCGUUGCACAGGCUGCUUCUUUAAAGAAGGAACGAAAAGGUUUUGAAGUUGCAGCAAAAGUAGAAGGGGAUAAGAUUAAGCAGAAAGUAGAAAAAGAUAUGCACAAAUAUGAAGAGGAGAUCAAAGAGCUCAAGGAUAAGUUAUCUGAGUUGAAGAUGAAGCUGGAUUCUUCAAAAAUAGCUGCACUUCGAAGAGGCAGUGAUGGUGGUAAUGGCCAAUGCUUUUCUAUCAAUGAGGGGAAUCAGGUUCCAAGUUUCUCUGAAAGGGUGGUUAACAUCAAGGAUUAUUCUGGGAACAGAGUUAAACAGGAGCGUGAGUGCAUCAUGUGCCUAUCAGAAGAGAAGACAUUGAUAUUCCUUCCAUGUGCUCAUCAGGUUCUAUGUGUCAAAUGCAAUGAGCUCCAUGAGAAACAAGGGAUGAAGGAUUGCCCUGCUUGUAGGACCCUGAUAGAUUGCCGUAUUUGUGCUCGUUUUGCUAAGCCAUAGCCUCUCUGAAAUAAUUAUGACCAGUAGAAAGGGCAGUGAAUUAAUGGUAAAUAGGUGAAAAAGGAGCUCUGUAGAAGUCCGUUGGAACUCAUUAUGCCUUUUGUUUUUUUUGGGUCUUUUGAAUUGUUUAUACUAGUAGUUCAAAUAUGAAAUACAUGAAAGAGAGAGAGAGAGAGAGGAGACAAGAAGUGAAAGAGGGUGGGAGGGGAAAGUUUAUAGCU